AAAACGAAUUGGAUCAGAUGUAUAGCAUUCAACAACGAAGGGAAUCGUUUAGCAGUGUGCCAGUUGAGUGAUCACGUUCGAAUUUAUUCGUUCGGUAAUACAUCCCGAUCACCGAUCACACUCAAACAUCCACGACAAAAAAGUGUUACGCAUAUGACUUGGAAGCCUUUCGAUACCAUGCUUCUGGCGGUUGCAUGUGCAGAUGCUAUACUUAUUUGGCGACUCAAUCCGAAAACAUUCACUAACAGAGUAUACGAUCGCAAUACGAAUUGGAGUGAGGAACGGUGGAGUGGUUUGCAUGGUGGUUGUAUUUCAGCGGUUUGGUCGAACGAUUCCACUUAUUUGUUGUUUGCGAAUCGAGAUCAACCGUGUAUUUAUUCGGUUCGAUUCGCGACUCGUAUCGAACUCAGCCAAGACGGAAAUCAAAUCUUACGUAGUUAUGGUGCAGAAACGCAAAUCGAAGUGUAUAAUUUGUGUGAGGUGAGUUAUGCAAACGAUGAUGAGACGCGUCAUAUCGGAGGAAGCAUCCACAACAUGCAGCUGUCACCUGAUGGAAAACGUCUUGCGGUUUCAUUCAAAAGUUUGUUUCGUUUCAUUUGA